AUGAGCUUGUGGGUUAUAACAACAUGCCUGGGCCUGUUACCAGGAAAUCAGACAACUGCUAUGCUCGCCACUAUACCUACAACGGCAUCCACGGCUACAAUGACAACAGAACAACCAGCAACUACUGGAUCACUUCGGAUUGUUUCUCGACUCGGCACUACUCUGGCACCUUAUGCAAUGAAAAAUAUGACAUCUUUUAACGCUGACAGUGUACAAGUAUCAUCGUAUAACACUGCUGUAAAAGUUCUCAGGCCGAACAGAAUUUCAUACCGUAAAAACAUGACAUCUACCUAUAACAAUGUCCGAAAGACAAACGAUACACAAAAUAUUAUAAAGGCACAAAGCGGUGCGUGUGUACCUGCUGGCACUUGUAUUCGAAAUCGAAUAGAUGUAAGAAUCGUUACUCCUCAGGUGCCGUGUACUACAGGCCAAGAAUAUUGUGGUGGCACAUCUACAAGGAAUGACUUAUCGAACAUUAAUUGCGGAGUGAUACAACCAGUUUCUCCUUCACCGGUUAUACUAGAACCAGGUCAAGCUAGCUUUGGGGCAAUUCCAUGGCAGGGAGCACUAUUAGCUUCUACAGAAUUUGUCACAGGAAUUGUACUAAUAGACAGCUUAAAUGUGUUAACUGUGGCUCAUAAAGUAUCACCAUAUCUUAUUUCAGAUUUGCCUGAUAACUUAAUAGUCCGGUUAGGCGAUUGGGUAAAGGUUCUGAAAGAUCCAGUGUCAUACCAGGAAUAUACUGUGCUCAAAGUGUUCAGUCACCCAAUGUACAAUCCCAGUACUUUGGAGAAUGAUAUUGCGAUAUUAAGAUUGGCUUCAAGAGUGCCAUUUACUCCAAGUGCGGGGGCCGCAGUAUCUAUUAAUAGAGCAUGUUUACCUCUAUCAUCAUCUACUGCUUAUACAGAAAGAAGAUGUAUCGUGUCAAAUAGGGGCUAUCAAAUGUUAGGUCCAAAAGCUUUUUUCAAGGAGAUUCGCAAGAAGGAAGAUGUAUCUAUAGUAGACUCGGAAACAUGUCAGUCACUACUGCGGAUAACUCGUCUUGGCUCUGAGUUGAAUGUACAAUCAUCAUCGUUCAUAUGCGCACGAGGAGAAGACGAUGAAGACGCGUGUACGGAAGAUGGUGGGUCGGGUUUACUUUGUGAAGUGGACGGAAAGUGGCAAAUAGUGGGCCUGUACACAAGAGGGCUCGGUUGCGGCAUUGCUAAGAUGCCUGGAGUGUUCGUCAACGUAGCCACCUUCUUAACUUGGAUACAAGAAAAAAUUGCAUCGUCGUGA